UAUUGCUUGUACUGACCUUAUCUUACUUGAUGCUUGUAACGCAAUAAUCUGGUUCUUACCAAUCCGGCGUAUUGUGAACAAAAAGCUAUAUGCAGAUAUUGGCAAAUGUCGCAAGUCCAGCGGUCAUAUAGUAUCUCCAGCGAUAAGACUGCAUGGAAAAAAUACACAUCCCAAAACCCAGAUAAGGAGCAAUAUAAAAACCCAUGUGUCCGAGCAAAAGCCAUCAUUCAGAUCAUCCUGUUCCGAGCUGAAAAAUGCAGUGUGCCGCCCUUUUGGUCUUGUCCGCCCUCGCUUUGGGCAGCGCUGUGCCCAUUGGCUCAGUCUAUGACUACGGUUACGCUCCCUACCACAAGGACUACGCUAGCGAUUACGUCAAGGAUGCGAUCUACGGUCAUGGUGCCUAUGGACACCCUUACUACGGCAAGCACUUCGCAGGAGUCCAUGAUAUUGAUGACGUUUACCACCAUGCUGUCCAUGCUUGGCCAGUGCAUGACGUCGCCAGCCAUGUGGGAGAUGAUCUUCACAAGAAAUUGUACGUAAAGGAAAGACAAUGGGAAGAUGACAAACACCUGGACGAACAACACAGAAUUCAGCACAUCCACUUGAAACAAGAACAGGAACUGCUACAUGAACAGCAACACCAGCAGCACAUGCAAUUGGAACAUCAGAAAGCAGCUUUGGACCAUCUGCACCACGUCCAAGAACAGGAAAUCCACGAUCAGAUGGAGAGGCUGGACGACCAGCAGUUCGCCCAGAAGGUGCAGCUGGAUGAACUCCACGCCGUUGAAGAUGCCAAGGUGGCUGCCCACUCUGCCCACCCAGCUUUCUUGCGCGAUUAUGAACACCCAUACAGCUAUGGACACGGUUACGCCGCACUGCACAGCUACGGACACCCUUAUGCGGCCAUGCACAGCUAUGGACACCCUUACGCCGCAAUGCACAGAUAUGAACAUCCUUACGCUGGAUUGCACAGCUAUGGUCGCCCUUACGCUGCAUUGUACGGCUAUGGACAUCCUUACACCACCGCUGCUAGAUGGGGACCAUACGCUGCCACAAAUACUGUCCAUCCAUGGGCCAUUCAUCAUGAAUGUCCUGAGUGUCACCACUAUCUUUAUUAAUUUGUAAGAUAAUGUAUGUCGACUGAUUCUGAUUUAAGGACAUAAAGCAAUAUUUCUUAAACUUAUUGUGUAUUCAUAUGCUUUGAUACCCAGCCAUUCACAACCUUUCAACUGGCAAUGAUCCUUGUGCUGGUUUCUUAAACAUUCUUUAACUUGGUUUCUCAUUUUCCCCUAUACUUUGUUGUUGGUAGAUGCGGCAAAUACA